AUGGUAGCUCAAAAGGUAACGAGCGGAGAGUUACUCGAGAAAGUUCGUGAAAUUUUCUGUGAUGUUACUGGUUUAGAUGCGGACGAAGUCGAGGAGGACUCAGAACUAGAUGAGCUUGGAGUCGACACUAUCUUGGCCAAAGAGCUGGCACGGAAGCUCAGUGGAUUCUCUGGUCGCACGGUAGAGAGCAGCCGGAUCCUGGAAUCGGAAAAUUUUAUAAGUGUUGUUCACUACAUACAGUCCAUUCUCGACGUUGGAAAUGAAACAACAAGUGGCAAUGACAAAGAGACACCAUCCAGAAAACAGGCAAAGGACCCAAGGUCCGCUGCCACCAAUGAUACUCUUGCAGCUUCUGUAAUUCAAGAGGCAUUCAGUUCAACAAAGCAAAUCACAGAUGAACUCAUUGUCGAUGGCCAUAUGGGGAAUUACUGUGGCGAGGUGAUGCCCAGAUCAACAGAGCUCUGCAUAGCAUAUCUGGUUGAGGCAUUCGAGCAGCUUGGCUGUAGCAUCCGGUCAGCGAAGCCAGGAGAUAAGCUCAAGCGCGUUCCAUAUUUACCGAAAUAUGACAAAUUCAUGGAGCUCUUCUAUGAACUGCUUCGCGAACAAGCUCUGAUAGAAAUGGAUGGGUCCGAAAUUGUCCGAGCAUCACAAAAUUGUCCAGCCAAACCAGCGACCGAAUUACUCGAAGAUUUACUUCAAGAUGAGCCCUCUCAUGCACCAGAGUUUAAUCUCGUACAGGUGACUGGACCAUCAUUAGCUGAUUGCCUAUCUGGCAAGCAAGAUGGGAUCGCACUUAUCUUCGGCACAGCCCAGGGCCGUCAACGGGUUUCAGAUCUCUAUGCCCUAUCUCCAAUCAAUCGCGUCUGGAUACAUCAGCUUGCCUAUUUCCUGGAACAGCUCGUUAAGAGAGUGCCUCAAAAUGGGCAACCGCUAAGAAUCAUGGAGCUGGGAGCGGGCACCGGCGGCACAACAUCGACGGUGAUACCUGUCUUGGCACGGCUCGGAGUGCCUAUCUUCAAGGUGGUCGAUGUUGAAUCACAACCUAACCCGGAGCUGUUACGCAGUCAACACAUCAUUCUCUCUACAGCGUGCAUCCAUGCGACGCGGAGCCUUCCAGUCUCCCUGAAAAAUAUUUAUAGUAUGUUGCGACCGGACGGGUUUGUGAUGCUUUUGGAGCAGACACAACAAAUUCCAUGGGUGGACUUCGUCUUUGGGCUCCUGGAAGGCUGGUGGUUGUUUGAAGAUGGGCGUCAUCAUGCACUUGCGCCUGUUACUCAUUGGGAGAAAAUAAUGAAGCAAGUGGGCUUCGGCCAUGUGGACUGGACGGCAGGGGAGCGUCCAGAAGCAGGAUUGCAGCGCUUGAUUAUUGGGUAUGCGAGUUAG